AUGGCUCGAACGGCUCCGAGGGAGGCUGGUUCAUCUGCCAGGCCUCAGAGGACCACUUCUCCGCCCCUCGAGGGGGGAGAAUUCCGAGCGUGGUCCCCCGGCGAAGACCCCGAUGACGUAUACCCUGAAUCAGUCGAGGACUUGCAAGAACCUUCGUCAGAACUUUUUACGAAGGACGGUCGUCCCGUUGUGUUCUGCUUUUACCGCUUAACCACAGGCCAAAUUACCCGCGUCACCGAACAAAUAAUGGUGAAUGGUGGCGAAAUCUGUCCCGCGAAGCACAAUAAGCGCGAUUUAUGCAAAUUUGGGGCGGACGCGGACGUCGUCCUAGCACCGGACACUGCCCUCAAUCACUUGCGGACCGUCAUAUAUUUCGGCAGCGGCAACCCGCUCCCAGAGCACGUUGGCUUUGUCAGAGAGUGUAUUCAGGCCGGGAAGUAUGAACAUGACCGUCUGAUCGUGCGAAAGAUGCCCGGCCCUCCUCGGAGUAAUUUCCCUCGUCACCGCAAUGCCUGGACGCACGAAGACGAACUUGGCUUGUGCCGAUAUAUUGCCAGCGUGGAUCCGUAUGAUCAAGGGGGUCGAUGUGGAUAUGAAAUCUAUAAACGCGCCAUUGCUCAGCACAAAGAGCGUGGUAACAUGCCUUGGACCACAAGGCACUCGUAUCAAUCAAUCCAAGAGCACUACCGAAGGAACGAAGGCGGGCUCAAGCCUAUGAUUAACCGCUUUGUGAUGCAGAUGAGGCCUCGUCUCGAUGGCCGCGGCCAAUACGAGAGGCGCUACGUUGAAGCCAUUAAGGAGGAGGAGGAGGAGGAGGAGGGGGAAGUGGAGGGGGAAGUGGACAGGAGCAACAAUGAUGACGAGGAAACCGUCCAGAGGCCUGCUAAGAGACUUCGGCACACUGCGAUCGAUCUCACCGUUAGCGACGACGAUUCUGAUUCGCACAGGGAGCAAGGCAGGGGAGGAACUGCGAGCCAUCGGGGACAAGCCCCACCUACGGCAGGAUCUUCGGCUUCAAAGUCCGCCCAAGUACAAGCCGAAGCCGGGAGCGCUCACGAGAACCGGAAAUCGAAGAAGAAGAGAUUGCGUGAUGGACACGAGAAGAGGCCCCCAGUUGAUAACAUAGACAUGGCGGACGACGACCAGUACAGACCCGAGCAAGAGGACCUGCGUGUUGAUUUUGGCGUGGAUUUCGAGGAUUACGGUGCCUAUAAUGAACUCGACAUGCAAUUCGAGGCGCCUUCAACCUUUGGUCUUCGCGGACAACGUACCGGCCUAUCGCCCUCGCCCUCUCAGGGUGCACCCUCAACAAGCCAGGUCACACUGGAAACUCCCAACGCAGAGUCGAAAUACGGGAGCAAAGGGCAAGCCCCGACCGAAACCCCGGCGGGCUGGGAAGAAUUCUGCAGCUCGCUCAGGCCUUACUCGGGGACCAAUGACCAGGGCGCGCUCGCGUUCACUGUCAGCGACCCCAGCAUCGCCUUCAACCCGUGUUGA